AAAGAAGUUAAUAAAUUAAUAAUGAAAGAAUUGUACUUUGAGCUUCCGAAGCUUCAAAUCCAAAGCCAUCCCAUUCCCAUUCUCGAAAACAUGAUUUUGAUUUGAUUUGAUUUGAUUUUCCCAGCUCCGUACACUUGUCCAUCUCUAUCUCUCUCUCUCUCUCUCUCUCUCUCUCUCUUCGGUGCCGUUUGCCCUUUCUUUCUCGUCUCUCCUAUACAAUUACAACUAGAGCUCCCUUCAGUCUAAUACACCAUGCUCUCUUUCCUUUUUUGUUUUUUUUUUUCCUUUGAACUCUCUUUUAUUUUCAUAAUCUGUAACAAAUCUCUCCAUUUCUAAUCUGGGUUUUGCUUCUUUUCUGGCGGGAACUUUUCAGCUGGCGGGAAAGAACCAACUUUCUCAUCUCUGACAACUCUGUUUUCGUUUCAAUUAUAUUUUCUGUAAGAGGGUGUAAAAAUCUGAAAUUUUUUAAGCUUAAAUUGAUGGCAAACCCACCGGGGAACCAUCAACAAGAAGCGAAUCACGCGUCAUCUUCUUUCAGUGGAGCUCGCUUGAACAACGGCAAUCCUAUACCCGAGAGUUUGGGUUCGGUUAUGAGGCAUAACCCUGGUAUUUCCUUGGAUUGGACCUUAGAAGAGCAAGCUGUACUUGAAGACGGGUUAAAAAAAUUUUUAUCAGAACCGAGCAUAACUCGUUAUGCGAAGAUAGCAAUGCAGUUACAAAAUAAGACAGUCCGGGAUGUGGCUUUGCGUUGCAGAUGGAUGACUAAAAAGGAAAACAGCAAGAGAAGGAAGGAAGAACACAAUUUAGCCAGGAAAAGUAAAGACAAAAAGGAAAGAACUGCUGAUCUGUCAGCAAAGCCUACUCAUUUUGCUGCUCAACCUAAUCCUUCUCCAUAUGCACACCCAAUGAUUCCUAUCGACUAUGAUGACGGUAUUCCAUACAGAGUAUGCCGUUUCACAACGAUUGGCGGGGUGACGGAAGAACUUCUGGAGCAGAAUGCUCAAGCUUUCAAUCAAAUAUCUGCAAAUCUUGCAGCUUUUCAGAUACAGGAAAAUAUUGGUCUCCUCUGCCAAACUCGUGACAACAUUCUCAAAAUCAUGAAUGAAUUGAAUGACAUGCCAGAUAUAAUGAAGCAGAUGCCAGAACUUCCCGUAAAAAUGAACGACGAGCUAGCUAACACCAUCCUUCCCCCUUCACCCCAUCCUAUGCAAUCAUGAUCCUGCCUUCGCACCUGCGCUGAUCGACAAAGUAACUGCUGACGAGGUCGACUCUCCUUUACCAUUUAGAAUAAAUUCUCUUCCCUCCCUUCCUUGCAUGUAGAAGGCUUAGUAUUUCUUGCUUCCUUUCUGCAUCUGAACUCAAAAUAGUUUGUUUCUUAGUUCAUGAUUUAGAAGGUAAUUUAGGGUUUGUAUAGGGGAUAUAGUUAUGCAUAAAGACAGUUAAAAAUAUCGAUUUUAAUUCUUUGUAUUUGGUAUAAUUUUUGUCAAUUUUUCUCUCUAUUAUCUCUGUUGGAUCUUCUUCCUACUGUACUGACAGGUAAGGCUGCAGAUUGAAGAUGUAGAAAAAUAAUUUUCUGGCGGUUGGCUCAGAAUUGAAAUAGAUUUUAACUUGUCAACA